CAUAUUAUCCACACUGCCCGGAAGCACCACUUUGACACAUAUCAAGCUGUUGCUGAUCAUGUGGGCACUGUCAAAGUACAACAAGUCCGACAGGCUCUCCAUGAUACUGGCUACCGCCGCCGCACUGCAUGCCACAAAUUCUACAUGGCUGCUGCUGCUGCCAAGAAUCGUCUUGCAUGGGCAUGGGAGAACUCAGAGAGGGACUGGAGCACAGUUAUCUGGACUGAUGAAUCUUCGAUCGAGACCAGUGAAUUCACCCGGCACCCUAGCAAAGAAUUCCUCCUCAGCAACAUACAGCCAACAUUCCGUAGUGGGAGGAAGUCAAUCAUGCUCUGGGGCUGUAUUGCCCACAACAAGAAAGGGCCAUUGGUUGUGCUCGAGACAGCUGCAAUGACAAUAGGAACGAAGUUGAGGGGCGGGUUGGGUGGAGAUGAGUAUGUGAAGCAGGUGAUGCAGGGACCCUUGAUUGCUUGGAUCAGGGCUAUGGAGGAGGAGAGGGGUCAGGAGAUGCUGGUGGUUGAAGAUGGAGCAUCGCAGUGCUCUCGCAAAGAAGGCUCGGGCAGAGUUGGGCAUCAAGAGCCUCUCACAUCCUGCAAGUUCACCUGA